AAUGUUUUCUAGAAAAAUUUAUAACAAUUCAAUUUUCCACAACUAGAAGAGAAUUCAUCUAAAUAAAUAGUUUUCUUUUUACACUUUUUUUUGUUAUUAUUGUUGUUGUAAUAAUAGUAGUAUUCGUUGUUACUUUUCCUGUAUUAAAUUGUUUGGAAAAAAAAUACAAAAAAAUAAAUAAAUAAUAAAUGAUCAAUAUACAUUAUUAUCAUUUUCUUAUUGUUUAAAAGAAUUUAUUCAAAAUUAUUUAUCUAUACUUUUAUUUUUCAAAAACAAAAAAAAGAAAAGAAAAAUUAUGUAUCGAUUAAUAAGAAAAAAAGAAAAUCAUGUAUGAAUAUAAUUAUUAUUUAAUGAACAAUAUAUAUUUAUCACGACUAUGUAAUUUUAUAAUUGAUUAAUGGCCAUUGGGUUUUGGCAAACUAUUUAUUUAAUUAUUAAAACUAUUUGUUAUAUGCAUUUAUUUAUAACAAAAUAUUUAUUUAUAUCAAAAACAAUUAUUGGUAAACAAUUUACUGAUCAAUUAAAUGAAUUAGAUAAUCAACAAAAUAAUCCAUAUCCAUCAUUAUCUCAAUUAGAAUCAUAUCGAUUUAAUAAUAAAUUAAAUUCUGAUGUAGAUCAAUCAUAUAAUUUCUAUACAUCUAAUCAAUAUCAAUCAUAUAUGCCAACUAGUAGAAUUAUUAAUAUAUCUUAUCCUUCUUCUAAUAUACAUGAAACUAAAUGGAAUACAUAUUUAAAUCGUGUAAAUAAUCAAUAUAUCAAUCGUAGUUCUAUUAAUCAUAUUAGUAAUAGUAAUAUUAAUAGUAUUAAUCAAUCACAUUAUACCUCUAUACCCAAUAUUUUUCCAAAUUUAGUAUCUACAUUAUCAUCUCCUUUCUCUUCUACAUCAUCAUUGUCAGAAUCUAAAACAUCAUUAGGUAUAGUAUAUACUCCUGAAAUAUCACAUCCUUUUUUAGCCGGUGAAUCACAAACAGAACAAAUUUUAAAAUAUAUAUUAACUAAUUAUAAAUCUCAUGAAAGACCAAAUGAAAAUUCACAAGAUCCAACUAUUGUUAGUGUAUUCAUUCAUAUUAUAGAUAUAUCAUCAAGUAAUGUAGUACAAAUGGAGUAUACAAUUAAUUGUUAUUUACGUCAACAAUGGUAUGAUCCACGUUUAUCAUGGGAUACUAAUACUCAAUUAAGUAAUAAUAUUAAAGAAUUAUUAUUAAAUCAACAAAAAAAUCAAUUAUGGAUCCCCGAUUUAUUUUUUCGUAAUGGUAAAUCAGGUUUUUUACAUGAUAUGUCACAACCAAAUUAUUUAUUACGUGUUAAAUCUAAUGGACAAGUAUUAUAUAGUCAAAAAAUUACAAUGACAUUAUCAUGUCAAAUGUAUCUAAGAAAAUUUCCAAUGGAUAAACAAGAGUGUACAGUUAAUAUUGGUUCCUAUGGAUAUACAAUUGAUCAAUUAAAAUUUAUAUGGCAUCAUGAUAAACCGGUUACCAUAUCGAAUAAUUUACAAUUAUUAGAAUUUGAAAGUCCACAUGGUGCAUAUACUUUGGAUUGUACAAAGAAUGGUACAACAAAUACUGGAACUUAUAGUUGUCUACUAUUAAUUAUACCACUUCGACGAUUAAUUGGUUCUUACAUUGUUACAACUUAUAUUCCAGAAGUUUUAAUUGUUAUGGUAUCAUGGUUAGGAUUUUGGAUUGAUAUUAAAGCAGUACCGGCUAGAGUAACAUUAGGUUUAUUAACAUUACUUGGUUUAUUAACUGAAAGUAGCAGUGUUAGUUCACAAUUACCUAAAGUAACUUAUUUAAAAGCAAUUGAUGUUUGGUUAACUGUUUGUUUAUUAUUUGUCAUCGCAGCAUUAGCUGAAUUCGCUUAUGCUUAUUUAAUGACACCUAAAAGUGACAGUCCUGAAUGGGAACCAGAAGUAAGGGAUUUAGUUAAAACUUUAUUAGUAAAUUAUACUGGUGAAAUUCGAUGUUGUUGUUGUUUCACUAAAAAUCGACAUCAUAAACCAAUUUUCAAAGAUAAUAAUAAUAAUAAUCAAAGAUCUCAGUCACAUCAACCACGAUCCUAUAUAGAUAGUACACAUAAAAAAUUGAAUUCACACACAAGAGAUAUUGAAUCUGAUCCUGAAUUUACAAUGAAAUCAACAAAAAAAUCAAGUAGAACAAGUAGAUCAAGGCAUAUCAAAUCAACAAAUUUACGUUGUAAAGUUUGUGAAUCUUAUCAACCCGUAUGUUGUACUUGUCCAGCUUGUGCUCGAUUAAAAUGUCCUGAAGCACCAAGAAAAAAACCAACACAAGUAAAAAUAUCAACAAAACAAUCAACAUUAAAAUCAAUAAAUCAUAAUGAAAUAAGAAAAAUCAAUAAAAUGAAAUCCAAUUUAAUUGAUUAUCCUAAAAUAAUAAAACCAAUAAAAAAAACUAAAUUAAUCAAUGAAAAACAAUUACAAUCAAUAAAAAUUGAUUCAUGUCAUGUAAUUAUUGAACCAUUAUAUAAUGAAUUAUUAUUAUUAAAUAAACAACCUAAAAAAUCAGCAUUAAAAGUAAAACAAUCAACAAUAUACAAUAUAAAUAAUAAGAAUAAUUUAAUAAAUUCAAAUAAAGAAUUAAAAAUGACUACAUUUUUAGAUAAUGGAAAAAAAGAUAUAAUAAAUGAAUCAUUAACAUAUUCUAAUCAUAAUAAUCGUUCUGAUUAUUCUCAUCAUCCUCCCACUUCUUCUCCUCCUCCUUCUCAUUCUCCUUCUCAUCCUCUUCAUCUUGAUCAUUAUAA